AUGUACGCCUCGCCCCCCAUCCGCAUGUACGGAGCCGGAGCCAAGGAAGCCGCCGACGCCCGCCUCCUCGACGAGGUCAGGAGCCGUCGUGCCGCCGCCGCCACCACCAAGACCAACGUCGUCGCCGCCGCCGCCAAGGCCGCCCACCAGGACUCCGCCGACGGCAUCCAAGAGCAACUCGUGGAGCUCCGCCGCCGCCGCCAGUUCCUCGAGGAAGAGCUGAAGAAGAACAAGGCGGCUGAAGAGACUUUGCUGCGCAAAGCAGAUCGGGCUUCGGCCAUGAAGAAGACUGUGGGCGGGUUGGCGGAGAAGAAGGAGGAGAGGGAGAGGAGGAGACAGGCGGCUUUCGAGCAGAAGAGGAGGGAGGGGGAGAUGGGGAAGGGGCCGGUGGGCGUGGUGAAGAGGUCGCCGCAGAAGGCGGCCUGGAAGGGCAAGUUCAAGGACUUGUAG